AUGGCCCCCUUUGCCAAGCCCGAGACCGUGCUCAAACGGUCCGAGGAGCUCAUCAAUGUCGGCCAGACGACCGCCGCCCUCUCGGCGCUCAACGAGAUCUUCACCUCCCGCAGGUUCAAGCAGACCCCGCUGACUGCGCUCGAGCCCAUCAUGAUCCGCUUCGUCGAGCUCUGCGUCGACCUCCGCCGCGGCAGGAUGGCAAAGGAGGGCCUCAUGCAGUACAAGAACGUCUCGCAGAACACCAACGCCCAGUCCAUCGAGCUCGUCAUCAAGCACUUUAUCACGCUCGCCGACGCAAAGGUCGUCGAGGCCCAGAGCAAGGCCGACGCCGCCGUCGGCGAGGCCGAGGUCGACGACCUCGAGGAGUCCGAGACGCCCGAGAGCAUGCUCCUCGGCAGCGUCAGCGCCGACCAGAGCAAGGACCGCACUGACCGCGUCCUCGUCACCCCCUGGCUCAAGUUCCUCUGGGAGGCCUACCGCACCGCCCUCGACAUCCUGCGCAACAAUGCCCGCCUCGAGCUGCCCUACCAGCAGGUGGCCAACCAGGCGCUCAAGUUCUGCCUCCAGUACGAGCGCAAGACCGAGUUCCGCCGCCUCUGCGAGGUUCUCCGCCAGCACCUCCAGAACGUCGCCCGCUACUCGCACCACGCCCACGCCAUCAACCUCACCGACCAGGACACGCUGCAGCGCCACCUCGACACCCGCUUCGCCCAGCUCAACAGCGCCGUCGAGCUCGAGCUCUGGCAGGAGGCCUUCCGCAGCGUCGAGGACGUCCACAACCUGCUCACCAUGGCCAAGAAGGCGCCCAGGCCCGCCAUGAUGGCAAACUACUACGAGAAGCUCGCCAGGAUCUUUAUGGUCUCGGACAACAACCUCUUCCACGCCGCCGCCUGGAACCGCUACUACGCCCUCGCCCGCGGCGCCGCCAAGACCGAGGAGGAGCACACGCGCAUGGCCUCGUACGUGCUCAUCAGCGCGCUCGCCGUCCCCGUCAUCUCGAGCAACGCGCCCGGCACCGGCAACAUGAACAAGUCCAAGACCGACUUCCUCCAGGGCGACCAGGAGACGCGCAGCCGCACCGGCCGCCUCACGUCGCUGCUCGGCCUCAGCCGCACGCCGACCCGCGCCGGCCUGCUCAAGGAGGCGCUCAACCGCGACAUCCUCAAGCGCGCUCGCCCCGAGCUGCGCGAGCUGCACAACAUCCUCGAGGUCGAGUUCCACCCGCUCUCGAUCUGCGCCAAGAUCCAGCCCAUCCUGUCCCAGAUCGCCCAGGACCCCGAGAUGGCCAAGUACGUCCAGCCGCUCCACUCGGUCGUCCUCACCCGCCUCUUCCAGCAGCUCUCGCAGGUCUACGACGCCGUCAAGCUCACCAAGGUCCUCGAGCUCGUCUCGUCGUUCCAGGCGCCCUACGACUACACGGCGGCCGAGAUUGAGAAGUUCUGCCUCAACGCCUGCAAGAAGGGUCACUUCAACAUCCGCAUCGACCACGUCGCACAGGCCAUCACGUUCCAGGACGACGUCUUCGCCGCCGACGUCCACCCCUCGGCCUCGACGUCGUCCGAGGCCGACGCGGUCCGCCUCCAGGCCACGCCCUCGCAGCUCGUCCGCACCCAGCUGAGCCGUCUGGCGUCGUGCCUCGACACCACGCUCAAGACCAUCGACCCGUCGAUCCUCGAAAACGCCCAGCGCGCCAAGCAGGAGGUGUUUGCGCGCGCCGUCGCCGCCGCCGAGCAGGAGCACAAGGCCGCCGUCGCCCGCAAGGCCAUCCUGGCUCGCCGCAAGGAGCUGCUCGAGGAGCGCGCCGCCCGCCGCGAGAAGGACGAGGCCAACGCCAAGGCCGAGCGCGCCCGCCUGGCCGCCGAGGCCGAGAAGCUGCGCCUCGCCGAGGAGGCCAAGAAGCGCGAGCAGGACCGCAUCCAGAAGGAGCUCGAGGCGGUCCGCAUCGAGGAGGCCAAGAAGAUGGCCAAGUCGCUGCAGGAGAAGGGCGGCCUCAAGCUGAGCGAGGAGGAGCUGGCCAACCUCGACACAAACAAGCUGGUCCAGAUGCAGGUCGAGCAGAUCGAAAAGGAGAAGAAGGACAUGGGCGAGCGCCUGCGCAUCAUCCACCGCCGCAUCGACCACCUCGAGCGCGCCUACCGCCGCGAGGAGAUCCCGCUGCUGGCGGCCGACUACGAGAAGCAAAAGGCCGAGGACCUGGCGUACCACAAGGCGGCGAGGAUCACGCUGCUGCAGACGUCCAAGGAGAAGCACGCGUCCGACCUCGAGCUCAAGAAGCGCCUGUCGCGCGUGCUGCCCGACUACACCGAGCUGCGCCGCGUCAUCGAGGACAAGCGCAAGGGCGAGUUCGAGGAGCGACGCAGGAACGCCGCCGAGCAGAUCGAGCGCGAGAAGGAGAAGCGUCGCCAGCAGGUCCGCCAGCAGCGCGAGCAGGAGGCGCGCGAGGCCGCCGAGGAGGAGCGGAGGCGCGCCGAGCAGGAGGAGCUCGACCGCAUCCGCGAGGAAGAGGAGCGAGUGGCCGCCGAGCAGCGCCGCAUCGAGCAGGAGAAGGAGGCCGAGCGCGAGGCCGAGAAGCGGGCCGAGAUCGAGCAGCGACAGGCCAAGCUCAACGAGAUUGCCGAGAGGCAGAGGCAGCGAGAGGCCGAGAUCGAGGCCAAGCUCAAGGCCAAGGAGGCCGAGAGGAUGGGUGCACCGCGAGCGUCGCCGGUUGCCGCUGCCCCCGCCGCCGGUGGCGAGGCCCCGCCUGCCAACACGUGGCGUCGUGCGCCCCCGCUGGUGCCGUCGCCGAGGCGCGGUCCGAGGCUCAGCGACCCCCGCCUUCGUCGCGCGAGCUGUGGCGGAGGAGGCUGCGCCAAGGCGUCGCCCACACCGGCGGCGGCCGACAACGACGACGGGUUCACGACGGUGAGGCGGUCCGCCAACGCCUACCGCCCUCCGGGUGCUCGUCGCGCCUAG